GUGUUGACGUCGGGGAGAACUGAAGGAUGAUCCGGUGUGGGGCUCUGCGCAUUUCAGCGGUUGUGUGUCGUCACAGUUGUUGACGUAGAGGAAUUUACGUCGAAGUCGGAAGCGUGUAUAUAAAGGAGACUGUGGGUGACCGAGGAGAACAUCAACAAAUCCACCACAUUCAAUAGCUCCUAUCAAACACUCAAACCAACAAACCAACCACUUAUUCGAAAUGUCUUCCUACAACAACAACGAGCCCAACAAGACCACCGGCCAAUUCCACUCCAUGAAGGGUUCAGCCGUCGAGACCAUCGGCAACCUCACCGGUUCAACCGAGUGGCAGCGCUCCGGAAAGGAGGAGCACGCUGCUGGUGAAGCCGAGUACAAGGCUGCCCAGACGAAGGGCUACGCUGAGGGUACGGCCGACAGGAUCACCGGCAAGAAGGACUCCAUUGUUGGAGCUGUUACUGGUGAUAAGUCCCAGCAGGCUGAGGGCAACGCACGUCAUGAUAAGGGCGAAGCCCAGCAGGAGAUCAACAAGCGUGCUUAAGCGCCCAGUUUGAUUUGUACUUCUAGAUCGUCACUUUUGUAGCAUACCAUCGACACCCCAUGUAUCAUGUAAACCUACGGUCUUUUCUAUAACAUAAACGUAAUCGCAUCAUUAAACUUCA